AUGGACCUCACAAGGUUUUACACGGAUCACAAGUUUGGGUCGAUCAUUGACCUUCGUUCCAUGGCGGACACCACAAUGCACGGUUGCGGCGUCCGUUUUUUGAACACCAAAGACGGUCUCUUCCUUGAGAUCGAAAGAAAGCCCUCUGGUUCGAGAAAUCUGAAAUGCCGCGUUUUCACAAUCACCGAUUCUCAGAUGAACAUUAUGGACAGACAGUUGAUGCAUGUGCAGUAUUAACCAUAAAUGGACCCAAACAACAUUCCGUUUAACCUCUGAUCGUGUGCCCGACAAACUCCGGCAAAGUCCAAUACCUUGUGAACUAACUGCGUAGCCCCUUUCCAGGCAAGUUUGACUGCAUGGUUUAGAUAUGCCUAACCUUUCUCCGAAACAAAACCUACGACGAGUUUGUGGAUCACGAUUCACACAUUUUUGUCAUUGACUACCCGCAAGAAGAGUUGGAGCUCUGGCUUCAAAAGAGCGGAUAUUUUUUUAGGGAACAAACACGCUUAUUGUUUUGGACAAUUGCGCUGCCUCGAAGGACGUGAAAGGCCGCACAGGUCAGCUGGUUUCCCUCGGCUUUUCAGCCCGCCAUACAGGCACCUGCGUUUGAGUACUGACACAUGCACAGAAGAUCACCGGCAUCUCAAAACCAUUUCGUAAAAACGUAGCCGCCAUUGUUCUGUUUUACACUUUGAAGGGCAAAACCAUGAAAGCCAUCCCUGAAGACUACGCCGGCGAGCUUUCCUCCGAAGGGUACAAAGAACUGAUGGCUGAGCUGAAAAAACAAAAAUAUCCUUAUCUGGUCGUUGCCCUAAGCCAUGCCUUUGGAAUCAAAAUUUUCAGUUAAUAUAUACGGCAUAUCUGAACAGGAUGCUGAACAAAAGCCCUCAACGAAGUCACGCAAAUGCUGGAGGCCACCCGAUACAGCUCGAAACCCUAAGAUUUUCCUGUUUCGCUCCCUGCCAACCACCUUUCAGAGCAACGUGAAAAGCUUGCUGUGCUUGUUUCCGGGGGCAAAUCCAACGAGGCGCUCGGCAUCCAAGUUUCUCAUGAACACACCUCUCGGACAAAGAUGUGGAGAAAUUUACAAACGAUAUGAGGCCUAAGGCUUAGGCUAUUCCACUGGUUUUGCUAGCAAAGCCAUUGGAGUGGUUCUCAAAGUGGAUGACGUGGACGCUUUGCAAAAGGAUCUGCCAGGAGAUUUCGUUAUUAACUCGACAUUCUCAUCUGUGGCUGGAAUUACAGUACUGCGCUGCGGCCGCCUGUUUGCGGUUGCCAUUAGGCCUUUCACGAUUGCGCUGAGCACCUUUUGAGCACUUUUUUGAGUCUGGAGCACUAUUUUGCAUUUUGAGCACCCUUAAGCACUUUUCCGCACUUUGGGCAACAUUUGAGCAAUAUUUCACAUUUCGAGCAAAUUUCGAGCAACAUAUGUCUUCUAAAAAAUUUUAAAGCCAAAACUGUGUGUCGCUCGCAACGAGAAUCGUGUUCCAGGUCAUAAAUUUGAAUAACUAAUGAUGUUGUCAAGAAUAAAAGACCGUUGUCAUGGAAAGGCACGUGAACUUAUCCUCACUGAGCGUGAGUACAGAAGUUUCUGAUUGGCUGAUGUAUCAUGCGUGUGUCAUCUCAAAUUUCUAAAUCAUCUGAUGCUAGCACUGCUGAAUUUAUUUACAAUUCGUAACCGGCUUUAGUUUUUUAAAAAUAUUAUUGUUCUAUAUUCUAUCAACCUUUCGUAACAACCUGUCGAAUAACACUCGCAAAAUAGAUUGUUAAUUACUUCAGUAAAAAUUGACAUAUUUACGAAAAGCUUAGAGGUAACUGUUCACAACUUUUAGCACUUUUUGAGCACUAUUUCGAGAUUUUGAGCACUUUUUGAGCACUUUUUAGCCAUUUUUGCCAGCACUUUUUUAGGAUUUUACGACCGCAAUCGGGAAAGGCCUAGUUGCCAACUCCGCUCUGAUCACAGCCAAAAACAUCGACUUUGAAAAAGAACCUAUAAAGGAAUCUGUCAAAAACCUGGACAAAAGCCUUGCAAAGAAGCUGACUAAGAACCUGAAACGGAGCCUGCAAAGAACCUGAGAAAGGACCGUCAAAAGAGCCUCUCAAAAAAUUUUCACAUUAUUGUAUACAACAUGGAAACGAAAGCUGAUGCACCUGCCGAAACACCUGCUGAAGUCCCAGAGCAAUUUUUGACAAAAGUUCCUACAACAAAGCCUGCAAAACAUCCUUGGCGAGUUGUAACUGGUAAAAAGGUAGACGAACGAAACCGCGUGCCACUUGACCAAAAAAAGAACCAAGAAACACCAGCUGCCCUGCAAAGCAAAGAGAGUAAAAAGUAGACAGAAAGCGACAACGAUAGAAUUAACCUCUAUUUGAUACUUGACGUAGGAGGCCUGGCUAUCUGUGCUCCGGGCGUUUAUUAUCAGCGAGAGGCGAUUAUGGCCUCCCUUCGCCGAAACCCGACACCCAAGCCAGAGCCCCGCCACAAACUUCGCUUCUUGAUUGAAAUUUAAUCAUAAUAUAUACAAUCAUGUCCAAAAACAAGCUUGUAAUAUCUGUUCUCGAUGCCGCAACGCUCACCGGCCUGGCCGCCGGCAUCGGGUAGAUUGCGAAAAAAGCUGUAAACGAAAACUUCACCGCCGACUCCAGCAGCAAUACGAUGAACUAUAUGAAGUUCAUCGUCGUGACUGCUGCAGGAAUCGCUCUGUCUUCCCAAAAACGUCUAAGUUUGAGGGUAUUGUACAUUGCAUGGCAAGUGUUGCUAUUAUAGCUGAUGGUGCUGUGCUUAACGCUGUUGCUUUUACUGACGGUAAUUUUCUUGCCCGUUUUCUUUCUGGCGAUGACCCACAGGCUUCUCUCGAAGAAAAAAAAGACAUGACGAAGCUCUGGAGGCUUAUCAAGCCGCUUAUGUCAAAUAUGAAAAACAAAGAACAAAGCUGCUUGACUGGAUCAAAACGCAGCACGAAAACAACUACAACCGUGUGCACCAAGACGAGCCGCUCACGGCGUCCAGCGAACCAAAGUUCUUUUUCUUCCACACGACACUUAAGGGGACGAAAAACAUACAAACAUGCUUUGACCGUCGUCGAUGUGGACAGCUGUUUCAAAGAGGCUGAACCCUUGACCUUGAAAGACCUGAGGUUACAAGCGCUUUUCAAAAAAUUUACAAACGCGGGCCUUUGAAAUUGUCACAUCUGCUUCAGGUCGACACAGGCCGAUAAUUCAUGGGCGCUGUCACGAAAGAAAUGGAAAAACACAAAACAAACAUUCGACGUUGGCGCCCGGAGAUUCACCUGGACAAGCAAUCGUGGAAAGACUCAACCGUGCUGAGCGCCUGUCCAGACAACAGUGUGCUGUCGAAAUGGGGCUUCCUGAGGGCCAAAGAUCUUCCGAAUGGGUCGUUCGGCUUCCUGCUGUGGUCUCUGCUCUGAACGGCGAAGUCACUCGCCUCACAGGCAGAAAACCCGCCGAAGCCAUCAAAGAAAAGGCCGUUGCUGCAAAACCCUCCACUCCCUUUUUGCGCCCUGUAGGAAAAAAUGGAAAAAAAUCCUCGCCAAUUAUAAAUGUUCGAUACCUGUAUCAGGCUGGUGAGCUGGAAGGCGGGAGGCAGCGAGCCACUGAUGUUGUCUGGUCUUUGAAAGUCCAUAAUUUCCUGCCUCCCCUUGUAAAGCCCAACGAGCCAAUUGUGUAUUAUUUGCAAGACGGCCCGAAACGGGGGUUUGUGCUUGAGGAGCUGCUUGCCAUUCUGCCCAACACUACUCUUCCUUUUGUAAGUGAUACUCAGUAG